CGGCGGCGGCGGCGGCGGUGAGGAGGAGGGGAGAGCGGGCUGCGCGGCCGCGACUGCUGGGCGCUGGGCUGGGUGGCGCUUUUUUUUUUUUUUUUUUUCGCAAUUUCCACUAGCGGGGAGCAGGAAACCCGGCGCAGCCGGGCGCAGCGGGUCGCGAUGCAGCAGCAGCCGGAGUCGCCCCGGGGCAGCAGCAGCAGCAGCAGCAGAGGCAGCAGCGGGCGGCUUUGAGCCGCCGCGGCCGCCGCUACAGAGGAAAAAGCCGACCCAGCCAUCCGACCCCCGCGCCCACAUACCAGCGCCCCGAAUCCCGCGCCCAGGUCCCGGCGCCUUGACCCCCGCGUCCGCCUCCGCUAACUUUCACGCUGCCUCGGCGGCCCGGCCCGGCUCGACGCCAAUGGUGGAGGCCAUAGUGGAGUUUGACUACCAGGCCCAGCACGACGAUGAGCUGACGAUCACCGUGGGUGAGAUCAUCACCAACAUCAGGAAGGAGGAUGGAGGCUGGUGGGAGGGACAGAUCAAUGGCAGGAGAGGUUUGUUCCCUGACAACUUUGUAAGAGUGAGUACAAAGCGAAAACCCCUUUUCCUGUCUCCUAUGUGGGUUCUACUGGCCAAAGGUGUGGGGGCACUUGAGGAGGAAUUUCCAGGGACCCUCCCGGGGGGGAGUUCACAGUUUGACAUCUCAUACUGUGCUGUGACAGGGCUGCGGGCAUAUGGGGGUGUGGUAGAAGAAGGAUGGUGGGAAGGUGUUCUCAAUGGAAAGACUGGAAUGUUUCCUUCCAACUUCAUCAAGGAGCUGUCAGGGGAGUCGGAUGACCUCGGCAUUUCCCAGGAUGACCAGCUCUCCAAGUCAAGUUUAAGGGAAACCACAGGCUCCGAGAGUGACGGGGGUGACUCAAGCAGUACCAAAUCUGAGGGUGCCAACGGCACAGUCGCAACAGCUGCCAUCCAGCCGAAGAAAGUCAAGGGAGUGGGCUUUGGAGAUAUUUUCAAAGACAAGCCAAUAAAGCUAAGACCAAGGUCGAUUGAAGUAGAAAAUGACUUUCUGCCGGUGGAAAAGACUAUUGGCAAGAAGUUACCUCCAACUGCAGCAACUCCAGACUCGUCAAAACCAGAAAUGGACAGCCGGACGAAGGCCAAGGAUUACUGCAAAGUUAUAUUUCCAUAUGAGGCACAGAACGACGAUGAAUUGACAAUCAAAGAAGGAGAUAUAGUCACUCUCAUCAAUAAGGACUGCAUCGACGUGGGCUGGUGGGAAGGAGAACUGAACGGCAGACGAGGAGUGUUUCCUGACAACUUCGUCAAGUUGCUGCCACCUGACUUUGAGAAGGAGGGAAACAGACCCAAGAAGCCACCUCCUCCCUCGGCUCCCGUGAUCAAGCAAGGGGCAGGUACCACUGAAAGAAAACAUGAAAUUAAAAAGAUACCUCCUGAAAGACCGGAAACGCUUCCAAACAGAACAGAAGAGAAAGAAAGACCAGAGAGAGAGCCAAAACUGGAUUUACCGAAGCCUUCUGUUCCUGCCAUACCACCCAAAAAGCCACGGCCACCCAAGACCAAUUCUCUCAGCAGACCAGGCGCGCUACCCCCGAGGAGGCCAGAGAGGCCCGUGGGUCCCCUGACCCACACCAGGGGUGACGGUGCCAAGAUCGACUUGGUGGGCAGCUCAAUACCUGGCAUGCUGGACAAGGACCUCUCAGACCGCAGCAAUGACAUUGACCUAGAAGGUUUUGACUCCGUGGUAUCAUCUACUGAGAAACUCAGUCACCCAACCACAAGCAGACCAAAAGCCACGGGGAGGCGACCUCCAUCCCAGUCUCUGACAUCCUCUUCCCUUUCAAGCCCUGACAUCUUUGACUCCCCAAGUCCUGAAGAAGACAAAGAGAACACGUUUCGCUUGCCACACAGAGGAGUGGACGCAUCCAAGAAAACGUCAAAGACUGUUACCAUAUCCCAAACUGAUGACUACGCUUUGUAUCUUCAUAUGGAAGAAAGAGGGUGA